AUGAGCAACACGUGUAGCGAGGAGCGAGUUAAUGGACUGAAGAAGGACCUGGAGAAGGCCAUGCGAAACAGUGAGGACAUGAACAGUGGCCAUACUCGGGAACUUUUGUUGCAACUCAAGUGUCUUUCCAUGAAGUUAGAUGUGUUGGAAAAGACGAGGGUGGGAAUGACUAUUAAUAAUCUGAGAAAAGCAACUGACAACUCAGAUAUCAGCCAAUUGUGCAAGGAUCUUAUCAAGUCGUGGAAAAAGCUACUCAACAGCGAAGUUUCUUCGAACAACUCAAAUAACUCAAACAGUGGCAGUAAUAAUGCAGAUGAAGAUGGACCCCCUCCUGCGAAGAAAGAGAAACACUCCUCCAGUUCCAAAGAGUCUUCUAGGGAAUCAACACCAUCCAGGGACAGUCAGGCCACUCUAUCUCAGGUAGAGGAGAUCUAUAUAGCUGUAUACAAAAGGUGGUCUCAGGGUGGCCUCUGA